UGGUGCAUGCCGGGAGUUUUUGCUCCAGUCAUGGCGUCCCGUGUCCUGUUGCGGUGUGUCCGCUCUCUCUCUCGGCCUUCGGUCGGGCUUUCCUCCGUUCCUCCGGCGCUUCGAGCGGCUGCCGCGCCACCAGCAGCCGCCCAUUGGACGCUGAGCUCGGCCGCAGAGGAACGGACGAGGCGGUGGUUUGGACGGAAGCCGAUCUCCUCAGUGGGUGUGUUGUGCCGACACUACGGCGACCUGCCCCCCCUCACUCUAGACUCCAUCCAAAAACGUGUCCUGUACGUCCUCAGGCUGUACGACAAGAUCAACCCAGAGAUGCUGCAGCUGACCUCACACUUUAUGAAAGAUCUGGGUCUGGACAGUUUGGAUCAGGUGGAGAUCAUCAUGGCCAUGGAGGAUGAGUUUGGCUUCGAGAUUCCAGAUGCAGAAGCGGAGAAGCUGAUGACUCCUGAUGAGAUCGUACAAUACAUUGCAGACAAGAAGGACGUGUAUGAAUAAUGUGUUGAUAAACCACACAGGUGCAUCUGUGAAGCAGACGGCCAACAGAC